AUGACCUGCGAGGAUCACUAUAAUCGAUUGAUACUUGAAAUCGCCACCUUUAAUAAAACAGUGAAGUAUAUUCGUGAUAGACAAAAGGAUUUGUUUGGAUUUAUAACUAUAUCAUUUGUCUGCAGUAGGAUCAAAAUACAACAGCUUCGAAAGCACCUCAGUAUUUUGCAUGAAAUAUGUCAGUUAGGGGCUUGUGAUCAUGAGGGACUCAAUACAAUUAUUGAGCAGUAUCGGCAGACAGUUCAGCUAAUUGUGACCAAAUUCGAAACCAUCGCUGAAAAAAAAAUCGACGAAAUCGAUGACGAUAUAGUGUAUGAAGACAUUGACAACGAGGAAAAUGAGAUUAUUGAUAUGGAUUCGUUUUACACAAAUUUUGCUGAAGACUACUUUCGUGUGAAAAUUAUCAAGGAGGCAAUCAGUCAAGCAGAAGCCGCCAAAGAGAAAGAAAUACAGGAGGAGCGUCGUAGAAGGAAGGAAAAAUGCAUUGCGAUGCAUUUGGAGCUCUACAAGCAAAUUAUUUCAUUUCGAGAAUCGAUGGCUAACUUCCGCCUUUUUCAACUUCGAGCUUUCGGGCUCAUCAGCAUGAAAUUAGAAGAAGGCGAUAUGCAGAUGUCAACUCUGAUGAGAACCAUGUCAAAGCACUAUGAAGAAUGCAUUGGCCUUAGUUGCAAUCAUGCCCAAUUAAAUGCAAGUGUCAAAUUGGAGGAUCAUGAGUUAUUGGUUGAAAAGUAUUUCGAAGGUAGUGAGGAAUCAAAGGAGCCGCAACUUUACGCUGAGCACAUUUCGCGGGAGAUCCUCGAGGAAGAAACGAGUGUGAAGGCUGACGACGCACAUGGCGAUUCAGACAAUGAAGCCGCAUGUGAAGUGAAGCCAGAUGAUCUUGUGUGUAGAAAAAAUCAGCGCAACUGCACUCAACUUUAUACCGUAUUCAUGAACGAGGUCCCUUUGAUGAAAGAGGAUAUGGAGAGUCUUGGUAGAAAUUUGCUUGCGAGAUAUGGAGCAACGAGCAUGUUGUAUGAUAAAUCUCUAGUGAAAAUGGCUCAACUGGAAUCGUCGAUCUCACUUAUUUGUGAAGCCUGUCUUCUCAGCAAAUGUAACCAUUACCAAUUCCAGAAAUUGAUGAAUGAGUAUUGGGAUGUUUACGAUAUGAUUGCAGACGAGCAUAGCAAUUUAAUGCUGACGAGAUUGGAGAGAGAAAUUGGAAUGCAACAAACUGGAAAUAAUUAUGACGAUCUGAAUAAGGUUGUCUGCGAUGUCGAUGUGACGGACCACAAUGAAUUUCUUGUUGGCAAUGAAGAAGAUGAAGCUACUAAAGAAAGCAUUGAAUCUGAUAGAGAAGCAGUGAUGGAAGUCAAUGAAGAAGAUCAUCCUGUUGAAUCAGUCUCAAUUGUUGAGAAUCGUCAUGUUUGUUCUGAACAGUUUGGAGAUAUUCGAGAAGAAAUUCAGCGCUGCCAAAAGGACUUGGAAAGACUUGGUCGAUUGAUUUUUACCCAUGGCAUUCUCAGCACGGUGUACAAACGCGAGAAAAGAAGAAUGAAGCGGCUGGAAAAGUCUCUCACCAUGAUUAGUCAUAUGUGUAAUCUCAACAAGUGUAGUCAUCUUCAGUUUAAGAAACUAGCAAAUGAGUUCCGAGAAGCUUUUGCAAAUGUUCAGAACGAGUACAAAGAUUUGAUGGUCGCGAAUAUGGAUGAAAAACGAGGAGAUGGAGCAUCAAAGCAGACCUACAAGGAUCGAAAAAGUUGCAAUGAAAUAUUGGCCAAAUUUUAUGAAGAAUCGACAAUGUUUAAACAAUACAUGAACGCCGUUGAGAAAAUGCUGAUCUUCGAAGGAUCAACGAGCACUGUGUAUACUCAAGCUAAAAAGAAAAUGGUUUGCUUGGAGCAGACCAUUGCGUUAAUCUCCGAGGCGUGCAAAAUGAAGAGCUGCAACCAUAAGCAAUUUAAUGCUUUGAUGAAGCAAUACAGAGACACAUUUAACUUGGUGCAAGCUGAACAUCAAAUGCCAAUUGGCAUUGUUGACCAGAAUGAUAAUAUCAACCCAUAUAAGGAAAAUAAGGCAUUGGAGCAUCGUCAAGCUGUUGUUAAUGAUGAAUAUGUUGAAGAUGAGCAAACCGGAAAUGAUGCCAUUCGAGAGAACUCCAAAGAAAAGAUCUAG